AUGGGGACGCCGGAGACCUCGCGGGAGCCGUGCCCUGACCGUAUCCUGGACGACAUCGGGGCGCCUUCGGCAUGGGGGCGGUCGGCGGUUCGGCCUUCCACUUCAUCAAGGGUAUUUACAACUCCCCAAUGGGGAGCGGCUGGCGGGGGCGCCCAGGCAGUGCGCAUGAAUGCUCCGCGGGUCGGCGGGAGCUUUGCGGUGUGGGGAGGCCUCUUCUCUGCCUUUGACUGUACCAUGGUCUACGUACGCCAGAAGGAGGAUCCCUGGAACUCGAUCACCGCCGGCGCAGUCACCAGUGGGUUCCUGCGGAUGCGACAGGGCGCCGCCGCGGCCUCCAGGUCGGCUCUGUUUGGGGAGUCCUCUUGGCACUGAUUGAAGGCGCUGGUAUAAUGCUCAAUCGGUUUCUGAGUGCUCCCAGAACCUCCCCAAUAGAGGAUCCGAUGGCCGGCUUGCCACCCAAUGUGGCCGGUUUCGGCGGACCUGGUGGAGGCUAUGCUUCCGCCGGCUAUUUGCCUAACAACUCCUCCCAAUCGCCGCCCGCGGGCGUGGCUAUGCCGGAUUCUGGCGAGUCUUCCUCUUCUUCCCCAUGGCUCGGAGGGUUUUUCGGGCGAGAGAAGAAAAAGGGGAGACCGCUCUCCGGGAGGAUAGCAGGACUAAGGUUCUAGAGAGCUUCGACGCGCCCAGCACUCCGGUACCAACCUUUGAUUUCAAGUAG